AGCAAGCUCUUGAGGCUUUCUGGCCAAGGUGAUUCGUGGGUGAUAUUGUUUGCCUGGAGGCGAAGGCUGCGAUUCCCACGACGUGGUAUGAGCGUCCCGAGCCCAUGGGGUUUAAUGGGGCUCCUGUCAUGUUGCAUGGCAGGCGUUCCGCGGUGGGCAUGCAUAUCAGCAUGUAUAUAUGGCCACGUCCCCAGUCUCUGCUGUUUGCUCUCCAGUCCAGAACUCUCUCUCUAAGGACCACCCGCAGUUUGUUUCGCGGUGUUUGAGCCAGACACCCUCGUUGAUCGCGUGUCAAGUCGAUCGUUUUGUUGUCACUUUGUUUGAGAGGAUAUCCACGACCAGAUACCGUCAAGAUGGUGUCCUCGACAAGAGUGUACAAUUGGUACAUUUCGCUCGUUGCAGCAUCAUGCAUGGUGCUCUACGGCUAUGAUGCGUCUGUUUUCAACGCCCUUCAGAACUCCAAGCAUUGGGUUGCCUACUUCAAUAACCCAGGCCCCAACAUCAUUGGAGCCAUCAACACUUCCUACACUGUUGGUGCUGUGGCAGCUGGGUUCUUCAUGGGUGGUCCUCUAGCUGAUUUCGCCGGUCGACGAAUGGGUAUGGCUGCUGGAGCCCUGUGUGUCAUCGUAGCGACGUUGAUGCAAACAUUUGCUCCCCGUGGCCAAAUUGGUGUCUUCAUCGCUGGCCGUGUCCUCAUCGGUAUUGGCCAAGGUCUCGCGCUCACGGCUGGAUCCAUCUACAUUGGCGAGCUCUGUCCAUCAGAAAUCAGAGGCAAAAUCAUGUCUUUCUGGCAAAUGUUCUACUCGGUCGGCUCUUUCAUUGCCUACUGGAUCAGCUUCGGCACCUCCAAGAACCCAAAGAAACUCGGUGAAUGGGACUGGAAGAUUGUCGUCAUCUUCCAGAUGCUUGUCCCCAUCAUCAUCUUGUCACAGGUCUUCUUCAUCCCAGAGUCCCCACGCUGGUACGUGCAGAAGAACCGCAACUACGAACAGGCGCGCCAAUCGCUUCGUCGUGUGCGUGACUCGGAGGAGGCUGUCGAGGAGGAAAUCACCACCAUCCGCGAAGCCAUUGAAUUCGAAGCCGAGGCCAUCUCAUCUGGAUACUCUGUCCUGUGGAAGGACAAGUCCAUCAGGAAGCGCAUGUACAUUGCCAUGAUUGUUAACGGCGGUCAGCAAAUCACUGGACAGGGAACCCUCAACACGUACAGCUCCAUCAUCUACAAAAAGGUCUUUACCAGUGCAGACACAAUCUCGCUCAUCAACGCCCUCAACGCCACAUUCAGCAUCCUCUUCACGCUCAACGCAACCUGGACCGUCGACCGCUUCGGCCGCAAAUUCCUCUUCAUCGUCGGCGGCAUCGGCAUGGGUCUCUGCAUGCUCAUCGCCGCCACCGUUGAGACGCAAACACCCACAUUACCCAACGGAGCAAAGUCGCAAUCCGUAGGCAUCUCCAUUCUCUUUCUCAUGUUCCUCUUUGCCUUUUUCUACAAACCCUCAUGGGGCGCCACAGUGUGGAUCUUCACAGCCGAAAUCUUCUCCAUGAACGUGCGCGCACAAGCCGUCGGCAUGUGCUCGCAGACGCAAAACGUCGUCAACUCAAUCGUCCAGCAGUUCUUCCCCAUCUUCCUCAAGAACGAGGGCUUCUACGCCUUCUACAUGUUCGCCGCCAUCAACGUGCUGCUCGCCAUCUUCACAUGGUUCUUUGUGCCCGAGACCAAGCAGGUCAGCCUCGAGGAAAUGGACGCCGUGUUCGGCGGCAAGAACCACGUUGUCGAGGGUGCGGCUAUCGAGAGCAAGGAUCCUGCCAGGCAGGAGAGCGUUGUCGUUGUUGGAGAGAAGGGUGGCGCUGCCAUGGAGAGGGUCGAGAGGGUUUAAUUCGUUGGGCAUCGAUGUUUUUCUCUAAUACGCUGCUGGUUUGGCCGUGUGUAACAGCUCAGCAAAUGACGAUGCUUGUUUUGGUAACGGGAACCUAUUUUUCUCAAAUCAAGAAGACGGAAAUGAGAAA